AUGAUGUCUUCAGGGGGCCCCAGCACUAGCCAAAUCUGUGGGCUAGUCCUCAUCUCCACAUUGCUGUUGCAGUCCGUUUGUGUUGCUGUUACUUACAUCUACUUCACGAAUGAGCUGAAACAGCUGUGAGAGACAUAUGCUAAAAGUGCCAUUGCUUGUCUCACAAGUGAAGACUUUGGAGCCUUCAGUUGGAACUGGGAUAUCAGUGAUAAUGAAGAAAGAAACAGCAGUCCUUGUUGGCAAAUAAAAUGGCAGCUGCUCCAGAUAAUUAGAAAGGAGAUUUUGAGACACUUUGAGGACUCAUCUUCUGGACUGGAAGAUCAAAGACAAAAUAUCCUUCCCCCGGCCAAAGAAAGAGGUUGGAAUACCCUGCGGAGAAUAGCAGCUCACGUAACUGGAAACUACCAGAAAAGGAAUCAUCUGCCAAGAGAAAGUUCUCGGUUUGGUGGAGCUGCGGGUCAGAAAAUAAACACUUGGGAAUCGGCAUGGAAGGGACAUUCAUUUAAGCAAAAUGUGGAAUUAAGGAAUGGAGAGCUAAUUAUUCCUCAAACUGGGUUUUACUAUAUCUAUUCCCAAACAUACUUUGGAUUUCUGGAACCUGAAGAAAACUCAAAAUCAUCUUUGGUCAAUGGCAGGACUAAAAAUGAACAAAUGGUACAAUACAUCUAUAAAAUGACAAACUACCCAGAGCCAAUACUCCUUUUGAAAAGUGCCAGAACUAGCUGUUGGUCUAAAAAUUCAAAAUAUGGACUCCAUUCUAUAUAUCAAGGUGGGGUGUUUGAAUUUAAACAGAAUGAUAGAAUUUUCGUCUCUGUCAGUAACGAGAGUAUGAUUGACAUGGAUAAGGAAUCUAUUUAUUAUGGAACGUUCUUGAUUGGCUAA